AUGGUGGCCCUCCUUGGAGAGGAUCGGGACUACUCCAUUCUACAGACCGCUGCUCCGCUCCGUGUGGCCUCACACUCUGGCUUCCUGCUCUAUCUCCACGCUCAGAGGAAAGGCCAGACAGACGGUUACCUGCACGACUUCCUGCUGGCCCUCAGGAGAUGGAAAAAGGAAGAGAGCAACAAAGCCAGUGUGCAUUGUGAGGUAUCACCUCCCCAGACUGCAGCUGUCACUGCCAUCCCCAGGCCCGCCCCAGCCCAGACUCACAUACCCCCUGCCCCCAGGGGAGCUCACAGCUGCUGUCCCAGGGCUAGAUGCGCCCUGGGAAGUAAGGCUCCUGUCCAUGGAAAGGCCCUCACAGUCCUCCGUGUAAGCCUGCACCACCCCACGUCGGGCUCUGCCCCCUUUGCUUCUGUCCCUCCUCAGCUGGAGCCUGACACCAGCCCGCUGCUGGUGGGCCGGGGCCCGGACGCCCACCUCCGGCUGCAGCUCCCUCGCCUCUCCCGCCAGCACCUGUCACUGGAGCCCUACCUGGAGAAGGGCGGCGCCCGGCUGGCCUUCAGCUUGAAGGCCCUGAGCCGCAAGGGCAGCGUGUGGGUCAACGGGCUGACACUGAGGUUCCUGGAGCAGGUGCCCCUGGGCGCCAUCAACAGAGUCGCCUUCUCUGGCAUCCAGAUGGUGGUCCGCAUCGAGGGAGGCACCUCCCUGGAGGCCUUUGUCUGCUGCUUCCAUCUCAGCCCCUCGCCCCUGAUUUACAGGCUCCACGCCAAGGAGACGGACGAACGGGAAAGCGUUCUCCAGGAGCAGCCUCCCCCAGGUUCCAGGCAGGGGGCUCCAGGUCCCCUGAGCUUUCUCCACAGCCCUCUCCAGCCCAGCCCUGGAGAAGCGCCAGAAAUACCGCUCCAGAGGGAACCUCUAGACGGUGUGCUCAGCUAGCCCCGCUGGCCACCCUGGAGCACGCCUUGGCUGAAAACGGACUUGAAAUAUUCAAGCUACAUCAUGCCAGGUUGACAGCCUCGGCCCGAAUAAUAAUGAACCAAUUCUGCAAACAUGAAUGGCCGGGGGUGAGGGGAGCGCCCUCCACGGCCACAGCUAUUCGAGGUAACAGGAACUUCAUAUACUUUUAAAGGCCCUGAGGGAUUCUGGGAGCCUCCCUCGGUGUUUCCCCACAUUUCCCCCUCUCCUCUGACUAGGAGUUACUUUAUGUCACUAAUUUUGUAUGCUGUUUAAGAGUUGGAGUUUGAGGUUGCACCAGGAAUGCAGGGACACAUGUAACAAUUACGUUUGUGGUAGCUCGGGGUUACCUUGGGCUUUCAAAUACCCACAGGCUCUCGGGGCUUAGGGAAGCCUGUGUUUAAUAAACUGCA